AUCAUGCCAGUUUUCAGGCUGAAGCAGGCAGUUAGUGAUGACUUGUUGCUGUAGUUGGACUGAGGACGAAGCGGUUUCUACAAGUCUUUAAGUUUUCUGCUUUGAUUUAUCUUUAAUAACCUUCUGUGUUUUCUGAAGAUCCAGUCCUCCUUCACUCAGCGUUCUCUCUCAGGAUCUCCAAGAACCAGUCAGCGCCAUGAACUGGUCAUUCCUAGAAGGUCUCAUCAGCGGGGUCAACAAAUAUUCAACUGCGUUGGGACGCAUCUGGCUGUCUGUGGUCUUUUUGUUCCGUGUCAUGGUGUUUGUGGUGGCUGCGGAGAAGGUCUGGGGUGAUGAGCAGAAGGAUUUCAAGUGUAACACGGCACAGCCGGGCUGCCACAACGUCUGCUACGACCACUUCUUCCCCAUCUCACACAUUCGCUUGUGGGCACUGCAGCUGAUCUUCGUGACGUGUCCGUCGCUGCUUGUGGUGCUGCACGUGGCGUACCGUGAAGAACGUGAGCGCAAACAUCGUGCCAAGUUUGGAGAAGCCUGUAACCGUCUUUACAUGAAUACAGGCAAGAAGCGUGGCGGACUCUGGUGGACCUACGUGCUUUCGCUGAUCGUCAAGAUGGGUGUAGAUGCUACGUUUGUCUACCUGCUGUACUAUCUGUAUGAAGGUUAUGACUUUCCGACGCUGGUGAAGUGCUCAGAGGCGCCAUGCCCCAAUGUGGUGGACUGCUUUAUCUCAAGGCCCACUGAGAAGAAGAUCUUCACACUCUUCAUGGUGAUCACCAGUAUGGUGUGCAUCCUGCUCUCGUUCUUUGAGACCCUCUACCUGGUGUGCAAGCGAUGCCUCGAGGGCAUCCAGACGCUCAGGGGUUCCAGGCAGGUGGCUCGUGCCACUUCCAUCCGCAACAUCAAGAACCCAAAUUCACUGUUGGAUGGCACUCAGAUGGUGGACAAAGCGCCAUCAUAUACAGUCAUGAUGUCACAUUGAGGAAACUGGAAAGGAACUUGAGAUAAACUUAAAAAGCAGGUUGAUGGUGACCAACAAUGGCAUUACGAAAUGGGUUUUGCAAUCCAAUAGUGAGAAUGAGAUCUGGUUUAAUCUUAAGAAGGUUUAUCUCAAAGAGCAAGAUAGAUGCACAGGUACUCAUCAAUGUAGUAAACUUCUCUGUAUCUGGAGUUUCUGGGUUUGUUCCUCAUACCAUUCAUUUACUCAACACUACCAAACAGGUGAACUGAUAAUGGGGUGUAGCUCUGUUUAUGAAUGUUUUUAACUUGCAUCGACAAGUUCCAUCAUGCCAUUUGCUUCUCUGCAACGUGUUCUGAAGUGGUUUGGGCUGUGAGUCAGUUUCAACCACGAGGAAAAGCAAGCAGGGUCCUUUGUUUAAACCGUUCUUGAUUCACAAAAGAAAAGCACGUAAAUAGUGAAAGAUGAUUGUCCCACGCCCUAAAGUAACCAGGUGUGGGUAGUGCCACUGUCGAGAUUGCAUCAUUCCUGAUUGUUUUUACCAUUUGGUGUUACUUUUUUGUUUUUGUUUUUUAUGCAGAGCUAAUGGUGUCAAAACUGCUCAGAAAUUUAUUUGCAAAGAAAAAAUUGAAAAAGAAAAAAGAAAAAUCGCCAAAAUGUUGUGUGUGUGUGUGUGUUUGAACCUUAAUGGAACGUUUGAGGUACUGAAUGCUAGCUCUCACUUCUUGCAUGAAGAUGCAUGUACGGUACAUUUAUAAAGAGAUGUUUUCUCAGAAAAGUGCGUGAAUCUCAAAAUGUUCCUGAUUCAGGAUCAUUGAUGUUGAUACUAAAUCAACAUCACCACAACAACCGCAUGCAUGGACAAUGAAAAGGAGAAAAGAAGCACAAUAGUUUGGUUAAGUUCAUUGAUUUGAUUUGUCAUGUGAGAAAGAAAUCGCAUAAUAUUUUAAAGAAGUUUCAGCCUGAUGGCUAACGCAGAACAAGAACACAUCUGUUUGUCCUUUUGCAUUUUUUUUUGUCCGUCCCACAAAAAACGAGUCUCAGAAGCUCGUCUUUUUGCCAGGGUGUAUCCAUUAAAAGCCCAGCGCGACGAACCAAAGAAGCUCCAUGACUCAUCGGCCCCAUUACAUCUGAAUCUGGUUUGUUUUUGGAGGAAACCUGAAGCCUUUGGCUCACACACACAGAGAGAGAGAGAGAGAGAGUGUGUGUGUCUGUGGCUAAGCUUGCAUGGUGCUUUUUUUCAAAUGCUAAAACCUCCUUCAAAAAAUGUAGACAACACAGAGCAAACACCUACUUGUGAAAUAUACAUGUUUUUUUUCCUUUUAAUUAUUAUUAUUUUAUUAUAUUAUUAUAUGGGCGGCACGGUGGUGUAGUGGUUAGCGCUGUCGCCUCACAGCAAGAAGGUCCUGGGUUCGAGCCCCGGGGCCGGCGAGGGCCUUUCUGU